CCGCCGCCGCCCGUGACAGAGCCAGCAUGUUCGGGAUGCUGAGCAGCAGCUUUGAGGAUGAUCCCUUCUUCUCUGAUUCUUUUAUUGCACACCGAGAAAGUAUGCGACAGAUGAUGAGAAGUUUUUCUGAACCCUUUGGAAGAGACUUGCUCAGCAUCUCUGAUGGUAGAGGAAGAGCUCAUCAUAAUCAUAUGAGACAUGAUGAUGGUGAAAAUUCCUUGACUCGUACAGAUGUCAACCCUUUUCAGGCAAUGGACCGAAUGAUGUUAAAUAUGCGAAACAGUAUGCAGGAAUUACAAAGAAACUUUGGUCACCUUUCAGUGGAUCCAAAUGGACAUUCAUUUAGUUCUUCCUCAGUUAUGACAUAUUCCAAAGUAGGAGAUGAACCACCAAAGGUUUUCCAGGCCUCAACUCAAACCCGUAGGGCUCCAGGAGGAAUAAAGGAAACUAGGAAAGCAAUGAGAGAUUCUGAUAGUGGGCUAGAAAAAAUGGCUGUUGGUCAUCAUCUUCAUGACCGAGCUCAUGUCAUUAAAAAGUCAAAGAAUAACAAGACUGGAGAUGAAGAGGUCAAUCAAGAGUUCAUCAAUAUGAAUGAAAGUGAUGCUCAUGCUUUUGAUGAUGAGUGGCAAAAUGAGAUUUUGAAGUACAAACCAGUGGGACAGUGGCGCAAUGUAGAAAACCCUAGGAUGAGAAGCGUUGGUCAUGAGAAUUCAGGCUGCCGAGAACUUAAAAGAAGGGAGAAACCUCAUCAAAGUCCAGCCAUUGAACAUGGAAGAAGAUCAAAUGUUUUUGUGGACAAACUCAACAUCAAAGGAUCACCUGUGAAAAUCAACAAAAAAUAAAUAGCCUUGCAUUUGAUUUCUUUAGUUUUGAUUGUUUUAACAGAGAAAGUAAUGGUGCUGGGUAAUACAUAUAAGACCAAUCUCUUGUUAAAUCAGUACUGUAUUUAACUUUCUUCUGAUAUCUGAAUGUUCUUGGAAGUACUAGCUUUAUAUUGUCCAUACUUUAGGAAUAAAACUUUGAUUUUCAACAAUUCAAGUUGCUAAACAUUCUAUACACUCUUUUCUUUAAAACAUACUAAUUUUUAAGGCUGAUUUUGCUUUUCCAAUUAUCUUCCUAUUGGCUGUGUUUUCUUUUAUAUAGUCAAGAUUGAAUGUAGAGCUAGUUUUAUCAUAUGUAUCAGUUAUAAGAAAGUAAAAUAUUAAAAAAUAGUCUCAGUUUUCACUAACACACCACCACAGUGAUGCUAAGAAAGGUACAAUAAUUUAAAUCAGAUUUCAUGUGUUAUAUAGCCAGCUAGCUUAAGAUUUAAAAAAAA